AUGUCGGGCGCCAGCCAAGGUCCUCGGCCUUACCCUGAGCUGUCCAUCGCUUCCGAGCGCCCUGUCCACGGCAUCGACAUCCGCUCCGUCCAGGAGAGGAGGCUGGAAGAGUUCCAUGGCGGCCAGUACUCUCGAUGGAAUUUGGCUUCGGUGCUCUUUGAGAGCAGCCGCGAUGAUGAGGGCGUCAUCAGGAUUUGGCGUUGGGAUCCCAAACCUGGCGACAAGCCAAGCUUCGAUGAGGCCAUCAAGCAGACUUUCAGGCCUUCAUCGACCCAUGAAAACUUCUCUCCAAGCUGGUCAAACCACUGGCUUCGUCUGGAGAUCCAAGUGCCUAAGCAGUGGCAGAAGAAGGAAUGGGUCGAGCUGCAACUUGAUCCUGGUUGCGAAGCAAUGAUCUUUUCAUCGGAUGGCAUGUCUCUGCAAGGUAUCACGGGCUCUUAUGGUGCUGAUCGUAGAGUCGACUUUCCUCUCACGCCAGAGAUGAGAGAGGGAACACUGGAGCUCUACGUCGAAGUGUCUUGCAAUGGAAUGUUCGGUGUGCCCAACGGUCAAGAAGGCGACCCGGACCCAAAUCGAACGUUCAGCUUCGACUCUUGUGCCAUCGUAGUCAAGCGUCCACAAGCUUGGAAGCUGCUUUGGGACUUUGAGAUGUUGGAAGGAUGCGUCAAGAACAUGCCAAGGGACGGGCCUCUGCAGAAUAAGGCGCUGUGGGCAGCCAAUAAGAUCCAGGACACUUUUAGGCGCGACGAUCUGAGCACCAUUGACGCUUGCAGGAAGAUUGCGCAAGAGGUGCUCGGCAAAGACUGGGAAGACCUCGAGGAAGGCUUGUACGAUGUCGGCAACAGAAAAGAUCGCGAGGACGUCGCACUUUGGGCCAUCGGUCACACGCACAUCGACACUGCAUGGCUCUGGCCAUACUCCGCCACCCAGCAGAAAGUCGCGAGGUCUUGGAGCACCCAAAUCGCACUCAUGGAGCGCUAUCCGGAGUAUCGCUUCACUGCUUCCACAGCCCAGCAGUAUAUCUGGCUAGAGCAGCUGUACCCAAAGCUCUUCGCGCGCCUCAUCAAAGCAGCAAAACGGGGCACGUUCCAGCCAAUUGGAGCUACAUGGGUGGAGUGUGACGGCAACUUGCCCUCCGGCGAGUCUUUUGCAAGGCAAUUUCUGUACGGUCAGCGCUACUUCGAAUCUCGCUUCGGCAAGCGAUGCAACGUGUUUUGGUUGCCCGAUUCCUUCGGAUACAAUGCGCAGCUGCCGCAGAUCGCACGUUCAAGCGGAUGCGAUUACUUCUUCACUCAAAAGCUGAGCUGGUCAAAUGUCAACAGAUUCCCCCACAACACAAUGAUGUGGGUCGGCUUGGAUGGCACGCAGAUCAUCACCCACUUGACGCCCGUCAAUAACUACGACAGCAUGUGCGGCGUCGACGAUCUCGUUCGUGGGGUGAAGAACAACCAGAACCUGAAUGUGCAGCCCACUGCACUUCUGCUCUUUGGUUUCGGUGACGGAGGUGGUGGUCCUACAACCCCUCAUCUCGAGCGUCUUCGCCGUGCGCGGGCCACCUGGAACAAUGGCCACACCGAAAUGCCUAAAGUAGGUGUCGGACGUUCAGUGCAGGACUUCUUUAAGAAUGUGCUCGACAUAACCGAAGGCGGCGAUCGGUUGCCUCGUUGGGUAGGGGAUGUGUACCUCGAAUUCCAUCGAGGUGUACAGACGAGUCACGGCAGCAUCAAGAAGCACAAUCGGCAGCUCGAGUCUGCCAUGCAGCGCUUGGAAUGGCUCGCCACACACGCGAGUCUUUUGGGUUUGCAGCACGGCUCCGCAACAGGGAAUUACAAAUAUCCGAAGGAUGAGAUUGAUAGCAUCUGGGAGCCUCUGCUGACGAAUCAGUUCCACGACGUGCUGCCGGGAAGCUCUAUUCGAUUGGUUUAUGACGACGCGGAGCGGAUUUACGCUGACCUGCACAAGAGGGUAGCAAAGGCCACCGCGGAGGCCGAGAAGGUCCUCAAGGGUCUUGCCGCCUUAGAGGAUGGUACCGGCUUCGCAAAGGCGUACAACACUCUUAGCAUCCCUCGCAAGCACCUUGUCAGAGCUGACCCGAGCUGGGAAUCUGCUGAGCGCGACGGGACUAACAGUGAUGGCUCUGAGUAUGUGUUCUUGGAGGACAAGCAGGGGAGCAACAUCGUGGAGGAGCGGACCGCGGUGGUUGCGGCACGUGAAGCUGUCUACGGUAAGGAACAUUACAACUCCAACUUCACUUUGCGGAAUGCGAACGUUUCCCUGACUGUCGCGAGUGGCUUCAUUACUAGCAUUCGCACUUUGCAGAAGCGUACUUGGGUCGAGCUCAUUCCACCAGGCAGGCGUGCUGGCCUGACAAUCGCCGAGGACUACCCGCCACAAUUUGACGCUUGGGAGACAGAGGUCUACUCUCUAAAUACCGCCGAAGACAUCCCCUUCCAUGAAGUGCGCAUCUCGGAGGUGGGGCCGUUCCGCGCCGCCUUACGCCUUCAGGCGCAGUGGGGCCAGAGCUCAGCUGUGGUCAAGAUCUCGCUUGACGCGAUAGGCACUUCUAUUGCAAGCUGCCAACACAGCACGAGCGGCCUGCACUUCCACGUCGAGAUCGACUGGCAGGAGAAACAUCGGUUCUUGCGCUUUGAGCUGCCCACCAUCCUCAAUGCAGACAAUGCUUCUUUCGAGACUCCUUUCGGUGUCACGAAGCGACCUACUACUCGCAACACGACGUGGGAGGCGGCCAAGUUCGAAGUUGCAAGCCACAAAUUCUUCGAUCUUAGCGAGUCUUCAUUUGGCGUGUCAAUCCUCAACGAUUGCAAGUACGGAGCCAGCGUCGAGGGAGGGCGUAUGCGACUUUCACUGCUCAAAGCGCCAACGUAUCCCGAUGCUCAUACGGAUGAAGGCAAGCACUCUCUAAACUUUGUCAUCCUGCCUCACUCCGGUCCGCUGUCGAUGCUGACGGUCAAUGCAGCUAGAGAGCUCAACUCUCCGUUGACGCGAGCAGCAACGACGCGUCCAAGCAAGGCGUUCAGCUCCCCUUUCCGUCUGCAUCAAGAUGUCGAGUCCUCCAUCGUUCUCGAUACGAUCAAGCGUGGAGAAGCUGACUUUGACUAUCACGGCAAGACCGGCUCGGGCACCAGUGUCAUCCUCCGUUUCUACGAAGCAUUGGGUGCGCAUGCUGGGGCGAGCCUGGAUAUCGUUGGACUGAACGUCCAAUCCGUUGUGCUAGCCAAUCUGUUGGAAGAUACGAUUGGCAAAGCCUCGGACUACCACGUUGAUCUCACGACCCCUGCAGAUGAGGAGCACACUAGGGUCCGACUGCACCUCAGGCCCUUCCAGGUCAUUACACUCAAGGUUCAGCUGGCUGCCUAA